UGUGUUGAAGUCUCUCUCUGAUGCCUCGCAGGACCCUGAGGAUGCUGCUGUGCCUGUGGGGCAGAGGAGGGCCUGGUGCUGGUGCAUGUGCUUUGGCUUGGCCUUCAUGCUGGCUGGUGUCAUCCUGGGAGGUGCCUACCUGUACAAAUACUUUGCAUUCCAGCAGGGUGGUGUGUAUUUCUGUGGAAUAAAGUACAUCGAGGACGGCUUGAGUUUAGCAGAGCCUGGGGCUGAGGCUCAGAGUGCUCGCUACCACACGAUUGAGCAGAACAUCCAGAUCCUGGAGGAGGAGGACGUGGAGUUCAUCAGCGUGCCGGUCCCCGAGUUCGCCGACAGCGAUCCUGCCGACAUCGUCCACGACUUCCACAGGAGACUCACUGCCUAUCUUGACCUUAGCCUGGAUAAGUGCUAUGUGAUUCCUCUGAACACAUCAGUUGUUAUGCCACCCAAAAAUUUCCUGGAGCUGCUCAUCAACAUCAAGGCUGGGACCUAUCUGCCUCAGUCCUACCUGAUCCACGAGCAGAUGGUUGUCACGGACCGCAUCGAGCACGUGGACCAGCUCGGCUUCUUCAUCUACCGCCUGUGCCGCGGCAAGGAGACCUACAGGCUGCAGCGCAGGGAGGCCCUGCGAGGGAUCCAGAAGCGCGAAGCCCUCAACUGCCGAAAGAUCCGGCACUUUGAGAACAGGUUUGCCAUGGAAACACUCAUCUGUGAGCAGUAAGGAGGAGCAGCCCUGGGCCAGGAGACUUCAGCCCACAGUGAGACCCCACCCUUUCUAUUGUGUGCAGUGAUGAUUUCAUUUUAAGAUCUUCUUUUAUGUAAGUAGUGGACAGGGCUUUACUGCUGAACACUUUCUGUACUUUUCAUCUCAUGAUACAUGUCCAAUCAGUAUGGUUUAGGGUUUUUUUUUUUUUCUCCUUACUUUCAGGUGUGGUGUUCUUCUGUUUGAAUAGCAGUUGUAUAAAGACUUAGUUGGUAGUGCAUUUCAGGUGAUGCCUCUCGAGUGCUAGGAAGAGGAGGAAGUCUUUGCAAUAUCCACCCGUUUUUAAUUAAGUGAAAUCGAAAAGAAUUAUUAAUGUACAAAUGGACUGCAAGAGCUACUUCUAACUGUAAUAUUACCUGCUCUCUAGUUUGUUACAGCAUAUAGACAAACCUGCAUUUGCCUCUCCCUAACAAAGUGCAAUUUGUUUCGUUUUUAAAAUAUUGUCCUAUUUACCUUUUUAGAUUGAUUUCUGACUUGAUGUUUUCAGAUGGCGUUGGCUGUAACAAUCUUUUAGAAAAUUAAGAGGUAACUUAUGUUACUAACUUGUAUAUAAUCCAUAUAUGUGCAAUGGAAAAUAAACCUUAUAAACCCGUUUGUCUAAAA